CAUCAGCACAUCUUCACUCAUCAACUCUUUUGACCAACCACUUAACAUCACUCACUCACAAUGGGUUACGGCACUCUCGACAACGGCGACUGGCUCAUGGUCGGCAUGAGCAUCUUCAGCAAAGAUCGCUCCGUCGAGCUCCGCAUGCAAGACGAUGGCAAGCUCGCCAUCUACUACAACAACCGCUGCGCCUGGCAGAGCACCGACCAGCAGAUCAGCAACGCAAAGGGCGCCAUCAUGCAGGGCGACGGUAACUUCUGCAUCUAUGACAAGAAUGGCAAGGCCACUUGGCACACCAACACUGCUGCCCCCAAGGGCGACAACAAGACCUUUGUCGCUGUCCAAGACGACGGAAAUCUUGUCCUGUACAGAGAUGGUGGAGCUACUCCCAUCUGGUCUUCCAAGAGCAACAAAUAAGCUGGAUGAGUCGUUAGACCGGCAUGUGAAUUUGGUUGAUGGCGGGUACAAUUAGGGACUUAGAGACCUAGACAAGUUCUACUUGCCAAAUGAUGUAUCCCUUAUAUCACAGAUAGCCACGAAUAAAGUUCAAUCCGAAA